GUUCCGCGCGCAGAGUCUGCACUAUCGACUCCAAAAGUUGUGAUGCCGCGUCUUCAGCCAUGCGUAUUCCACACACCGUCCGCACCGAUGAGAAAAAGGACAUUCGGAUCCACAAAGGCCUGCUCACCUACCACUCCGCAUUCUUUGCUGCGGCCCUCAAUGGAGGCUUUAAAGAGGGCGAGACUGGGAUCGUUGAGCUGCCUGACGACGAAGUUGCAGUCUUUCAAGCAGUCUACUGCUGGUUGUACACUGGUCGGCUACAUGAUCCGCCUUCUUCCCCUCUUGCGAAGGCAUCUAGCGCGCCCGGGCCGUUGACGCCUGAAAUACCGCUUACCGGAGAAGUUAUCUGCAAGGUCUUUGUUUUCGGAGAAAUGAGAGGGAUUCCGGCUCUCAAGAAUGAGGCUAUCGAUCUACUACACCGAUUCACGUGUGUAAUGGAGUUCCCAACCAUAGUUCUUCAUUACAUCUACGAAAACACCUCGGAUGAAUCUCUCAUACGCAAGAUGAUCGUAGAGAUGGCUGCGGACUUUUUCCUCAGUUGCAGCGAUCUCACUUGCUUUAACACGAAGAGGGAUCUCUUGCCAGCCGGUUUCUUGCUAGACCUUAUGUUCAAGCUUGAGACACAAGACGGCAAAUUCAAGGAAACAGGGAAUACGGGAAUGGUCAACCUCGACAGAUGUAGCAAGUACCAUGAUCACUCUGGCCCUGGUGGGAAGCUGAGGGGAUCUCAGGCGUCUGCUUGA